GAACAGAAACAGAGAGAAAGGCACAAAAAUCAGUUCUCCGCGAUUCGUUCCUUCGUCCAGUCGUUCGUGGGAGUUGCUGCCGCUGUGCUGUGCCGUUGAGAGAUCUCCCCCUUCUGAGAAGCUUCUAAACUCUGUGGGCUCUUUGUAGAAGUAAACACUAACACAGCAGGCUUAGUCGUUGCUUCUAUGAGUAAAGUUUCGGCCCGUUCUAAUGUUUUCAUCGUCGUCGUCGUCGUCGGGACUUUGAAGAGUAUUCUUGUGGCACUUUUUGGUCUUUUUGGCCUCAGUUCGCUCACCUUUCUUUGUGUGGAGCUUUUUUUCGGGGGGCUCUUCUUCCCUUGAGUGGUGUGCUGGUUCCGUGACUCGUCCACGAAGGACAGACGAUGAAGUGGACGCGAUAAUAACCGAUUUCGAAAGAUUUUGGAAACCUCCAGAGAGAGAGGUAGAGCAAAAAUCGAACCGCAGGAGAUGAUUAAUUCAUAGCGAUCGUCGUCGUCGUCACGGUGUGUGUCAUAAAUAACUUGGGUCAACUGCCCCCUGGCCAUCGAGACGGGAAACCGAAAGAGAACAACGCGAGAGAGAGAACCUGCCACCAGAAAGUUAGGAAAUUCCAACGCAGCUCGCGACCUGCUGCUAUUUACGUAUUUAAGUAGAAAGAGAUUAAGCCACCGCGUACACAGACUGAGUCAUUCUCCCACUGAUAGUCUACGCUAGAAAGGACAAACAAACCCACGAAAAGAUGUUGAAAACGAAAUCUCAACAGCAGAAGAACAUUCUCAACACCAUCAUUAGCGUGCUGCCGGACAAUCGACCCAUUACGUCCCUUCAGCUGGUCGAAGAUUAUGAGCGCUGUCCGGCUAACUUUGCCCCGAUCAAUAAAACCUACGACCAGGAUCAGGAUGCGGACCUGUGGCGAGAAAACAUUCUCUUCGGGAAGAAAACCUCGCGCUACCUGUGCCAAUCCAAGACGGAAGGCCUUCCCGAUUACAUCCUGGAAACGCUGCGGGUAAUCGGCGAAAAAGAAGCACUGCCGGAGGGAUUUUCACAGUUGACUCGAACGGCGGACUCGGAGCAGAAGGCUUGGCGCAAACGUCAGCUGGUGUACCGGUUGGCGAAGAAGGGAGUCGCCAAGCAGGCCAUCACCGAUAUCAUACUGUGUUCGAGGUUGCGGCAGGCGCCGGAGGGAUUCACGCUGGCGGGUGAAAUCAACGGCAUUCUGAUCUGCUACAAAACAUCACUAAUAGCCCACCGCGCCCCACCCGGCGUCCCGUCCCGCCAGAGCAUCACCGAUCUCGAGCGUACCAUUGAAGAUUUGAAGAUUCAAGCCGGCCAAGAGAAUCCACUCUAUCCAGCGGUGCCAUCGGAUCCGUCCGAUCAUGACUACGAGCAGCUGCGGAUGUCGUACCAAAUUUCCCCCAAACGGCCCGCACCCAAACCGCCGGCGUACUCCACCGGAACGUUGAACGUUCACACCGAGGUGGAAGGAGUUCCGUUCGUGCUGAAUCCGGCCCUCUCCCGGCAGUCUUUCGAGGUUCCGUCGCUGUACGAGCCCAGCAGCUCGAAGCUUGAGUAUGACUUCCACCUGGAACGGCAGAUUCUCUGCACGACCAAGACAACGAAUGCUCAAAACAAGAAUCCGUUCUUCCACUAGCCGUUGGUGGUCGUCGAAUCAAUAUUCUCAAGUAGGUGAACCCCCUCUUCCACGCAGAACCACACUUCCCAGAAAGGUUGUUUUUCACACGUUUGUCUCCCGUUGAUCCAUGUUUGAGAGCCACAAAAAAAAAAACAAAACGAAUUGCGAUUAUCAGGUUCCACAGAGCCAUCGAAGGUAAAACCUUACCCGUCAUUUUAUAGCACGUAAGUUAAGCAAGUUGUCCCUAGGAGUAAUCCCAAUUUCAUCGUCGCUAGUCGCUGAUGAGAAGCAUCGAUUGUUGCGUUUCUACACCCACAAAACUCGAAUUUACAUUUACCGUCUUGUUCGUGUUGUUUACCAGUAAGCUCCCGAAAUUAUGUCACCCAGAGGAGAGACGUUAUUCCACUGGAAUUGAUUUAAAAUAUAUACAUAUAUUUACACCCAACCAUCACCGACUACUGAAAUCCUCACAGCAUUUUAUUUGUUUGCAAAAACAAGCAGGAAUCAGGCUAAACCACGAUAACUUUUUACAAGUUACACACACCAAAAACCAAAACACGUUGAUUUGUUAAAAGCAGACCAUUCUCAUCGGUGGACUGGACUGAUUAAAGACGAAAGAAAAAAAACAAGUUUUCCAAAUCGGCACUGAAUAGUAUUUAGAACCAAACCCAUUCUCUAUUGGUUAGAAGCGUAUAUGCUCUAUUGUAUUGGAAGUAUUGUUAGGAAAACGAAUAAAGUAUUGCCAGCGUAGAGUUAAA